ACAUAAGCAAGAAGUGGUAAGCUCGAAUAACGAGCAAUACCUAAGUGUUAAGUUGUUGGAAUUAGAAAUAAAGAAUAGUGUGUAGCCAUUAAGUUGGGACUUUUAUUUAACAAUCCAGUGAUCGAACUCAAGAGUGAGUUACAGGUAGACGAUUUAUCGAGAAAUCCGUUACAAUAGUAAAAGUUCUAUUAAUAUCGUGGUCGUCGAUUAGGAUUGUGUAUGAUUCGAUUGUCGUUAUAAUGGCGCUGUGCACACGUUCAAUAUUAAUUGUGAUCUUUAGGUCGUGAUCGAUAUUGUUGAAUGACUGAUCGCGAUUGAAAGCUACACGUUCAAGAUUUUACACGUCAGGAUACAUAUUCGAAAUAAAUCGAGUUCUUGAAACAUGUAUGUUUAAGACUAAUUAUGCUUUAGUAAAGUGUUUAAUUUUUUGUCCGUUUUUUUUUUAUGAACUGCCAAAAGAAAACUGCAGUUAACAGUUUUUACGCCAUUGAUGAAAAUAAUGUUAAGAAAUCAUUGGAGCAAGAAAAUACUAGGUACCAUUGUGAAGACUUUAGCGGAUCUUCGAAAAAGCUUUAUUUGAUAUAAAUUUUAAUAAAUAAUAAUUUUUUUUAGAAAUCUUACUUAUUUAUAAUAUGGUUUCAGUACUUUGUUCUGGCAGCACGCGAAUUUACAUACAAAAUGUAUUAAAUAUUUUGUGUUAUGAAACGCAAUCCAUCAAUAUUGCUUGCUACACGUUCAGUAUAUUUUACUGCUAUUUCAGGUCGAGAUAUUUAUUGAACGUGUAGCAGUCCCCAAUGAUUAUUUUCAAGGUAAACAGUAAGUUAACAAUACUUAAUUGGCACAUUAGAAAUAAAUUCACUGUGUUCUUCAGUGUUACUUCAGUAAAUCGAGGGAAAAUUAAAUUAUACAUUUGUUAAAGUUAAUAAUAAAUAUGUCAAAACAAGAAAAAGUAAGAACAGGAACAACGGAUGGAUGGUUUGAGGGAUGGUUCAGCCGUCAAAAAAUAAAAAACACCAACCAUAAUGCAACUGUGCCCAUAAAAUCAAAUAUUUUUGAUAAUAAUGAAAGUAUUGACCUUCAGGCGCUGGAAAAUGAUAUUCGAACGAUGAAUGACAGUGAAAUAGACUUGAAGUUUUUGGAAAUUCUGGAAGAUAUGAAUAUUCCUAAGGAUAAACGUGAACCACUUCUAAAGAAAACUCAUGCUGAAAAGCGCAAGAUGGUAUUUAUGCAUCUAAAGGGUAAAAAUUCUAACGAACACCGUUCUAGCUCUCGGUUUGAAAAACCAUUUGAUUACAUUGAAUAUCUGCGUAAUAAAGAACACAACGAAAACAAAAUAUAUCAGUGUCUUGAAAGCUUGCGGGUAGCUCUCACAAGCAAUCCUAUUUCAUGGAUUAAAGAGUUUGGAGAAGAUGGCAUAAAUGAAAUAAUUUUGUUAUUGAGACGUUGUUUAAAAGAACGUGGAUUUGACCGAAUUGAAUUGGAGUGCAUUCGUUGCCUGAAAGCUGUAAUGAAUAAUACAUGGGGUUUGAAUUUAGUAUUAACACCUGAGCUUCACACAGUAGUAUUAUUAUUAGCACAUUAUUUGAAUCCCCUUAAACCACAAACAAUGUGUGAAGCUGUAAAAUUACUGGCAUCAUUUUGUCUUGUUCCUGAACGUAACGGAUAUGAUAAGGUUCUUCGAGCAAUAACUACUGCCGCGUCCAACAAAUAUAAAACAAGUGAACGGUUCAGACCUAUAGUUGAUGCAUUAUUUAUGGAAGGAAAAUGUGACCCAAAAAGAGAUUUAGCUUGCCAUAGUCUUAUUUUCAUUAAUACGUUAACGAACACGCCCAGUGAUUUAAACUUUCGUUUACAUUUACGAUGUGAAAUAAUGAGAAUGGGACUUUAUGAUAGAUUUGAUUUGUUUAAGGGCAUUGUUUCUAAAAGUAAUAAUGAUGCUUUGAAGCAACAUUUUAAAAUUUUUAAUGAAAUAAGAGAAGAUGAUUUUGAAGAAUUCACCCAAAGGUUUGAAAAUGUAAGUUUUAACAUGGACGAUAUGGCAGACUGUUUUGAAGUACUUAAAAAUCUUGUAACAGAUACCAGUUCGGAACCAUACUUUUUAUCAAUACUUCAACAUUUACUUUACAUAAGGGAUGAUUUCUAUUUUCGACCAGCAUAUUAUCAAUUGAUUGAAGAAUGUAUACAACAAAUAGUAUUACAUAAAGGCUAUUGCGACCCAAAUUUUGAUAACCGUACUUUUAAUAUUGAUACAUCAUUAAUAUUAGAUGAUAUCGUUGAAAAAGUAAAGGCUAAAGAAAUACGACGAUUCGAGGAAUUUGAAAAAAAAAUAGAAGACUUGGAAAUAGCGAAACAAGAAGCUGAAGCUAAAGUGGCACAUUUAGAAGAACAGAUAAAAUUUAGAACGACUAAAAAGACUACAAAAUCCAAUGACACUGUAGUACAGCUAAAAACUUUACAAACUGAUUGUAAUAAACCGAGAACUUCGACAAUAAUACCCACACCACCGCCACCACCACCUCUUCCACCAUCGUUCACAAAAGGUCCACCACCUCCUCCAAUGCCGAAUUGCCCAGCUCCACCACCUCCUCCAAAUAUUGGGCCUCCACCUCCACCACCACCAAAUUUCGGAUUAUUAUCUGUACCCGGAGCUAAACAGGGCCAACAUCCCUCUUUUCUGGUUUAUGAACUUCCAAAUGGCUUAAAACCGAAGAAGAAAUGGGAAGUAGAAAACCCAAUGAAACGCAUAAAUUGGAAAGUUGUAUCUCCUCAAAUAAUGUCGGAUAAAUCUUUUUGGUUUACUUGCGAAGAAGAUCGUUUAGCAUCGAAGCAAUUUCUUUCUGUACUCUCUGAAAGAUUUUCAUCAAAACCAGUAAAAAGGUAUCAAAAUGAUGCGGUUGAUAAAGCAAACACCCUAGUAAAGAAGAAUAUAAGCUUACGGGUACUUGAUUCUAAAUCAGCCCAAAACUUAGCCAUAUUGCUUGGUGGGCCAUUAAAACACUUAUCAAACGAGCAAAUUAAAAUUUGUCUUUUGCGCUGUGAUACCGAUAUAUUGUCUUCAAACAUACUACAGAAUUUAAUUCAGUAUUUGCCGUCAUCAGAUCAAUUGAAACAACUUCAAGACAUAAAAGAAAAAGGAGAACCGCUGUCACCAGUAGAACAAUUUGCUGCCACUAUUAGCGAAAUAAAAAGAUUACUGCCGCGUCUUCACCACCUUAAUUUUAAAUUAACGUACUCUGAUGUCAUUCAAGAUAUUAAGCCUGAUAUUGUAGCUGGAACAGCAGCAUGUGAAGAAGUUCGCAACAGUAAAAAAUUUGCAAAAGUUUUAGAACUAAUUUUAUUAAUGGGAAACUAUUUGAACUCAGGAUCAAAAAGUGAAGCAGCCUAUGGAUUUGAUAUGUCUUAUCUCGCAAAACUUUGUAAUACUAAAGAUAUUGAUAACCGACAUACUCUUUUACAUUAUUUAGUAAAAGUAAUAGAAAAUGAGUUUACCGAUAUAAUGGAUUUCUAUAACGAUUUAGCACAUAUUGAUAAAGCUUCUCGAGUAAAUUUAGACUCGAUUCAGAGAUCUAUGCGUCAAAUGAUUUCGGCUCUAAAGUCGCUAGAGACAGAUUUAAAAAAUAAUAAAGUACCUCAAUGCGAUGAUGAUAAGUUUAAUGAAAUAAUGGGUGAAUUCUCAUAUGACUGCCGCCUGCAUGUUGAUUUACUGGGAAAAAUGCAAGUUCAAAUGGAAAAGUUGUACAAGGAUUUGGGAGAAUACUUUUCAUUUGACCAUAAUAAAUAUUCAAUGGAAGAGUUUUUUACCGAUAUCAAAGCAUUUAAGGAUGCCUUUAUACAAGCACAACAAGAGAAUGUUCACCAAAGAGAAGAAGAAAAUAAAAAACGGAGACUACAAGAUGCUCGAGAACGGCUGCUUCGUGAGCAAUUAGAACGGCAACAACUUAAAUUAGCACUUGUUGACAUGGAUUCUACGCAAACCCAGGAGGGAGUAAUGGACAGUUUAUUAGAAGCCUUGCAAACCGGAACUGCUUUCGGAAAUCGAAACCAAAGACAAAGGCGACCGCGACCUUCAGGCGCUGAACGACGAGCCCAACUUAGUAGAAGCCGAUCAAGAACACGCGUUGGUACAAGUGCUUUUGUGGCUUGUGAAAGCUUUGCAAACGAUAACUUUUUACAUAAAAAACAUCAGAUUUAGUAAGACUUUUCUUCUUUAUACGAAAUUUAGUAUUGUUUAAUUAAUAAACUUAUGUUGGCAAACUAACUUGUUAUUAUAUAAGAAAAUAAUUUAGAUCCUAUUUAUGCCUACCAUUAUUUUCACAAUAUUAACUGUUAAAAAAGCCUUAAAUACCUGAAAUUUUUGCGGCAGUGGCAACGGUUUGAUAAUGCAUCUUAAUGAAAAAAUUGAAUUUACAGUAAUGGAACAAUAGACAAUAAAUUGGUAAUAAUAUGCCACUUUUAGGUCUUGUGGUCAAAUGCGCUUAACUAUUAUAACAUCUCCAAAAUUGUGCUUAUUUCCAUACCAAUUCAAUACUUAUAAUAUGAUUUAAUCUUAAUAAAUUCAAAAGAAUAAUUUCUUCUCCAAAAAAAAGUAAUGAAA